CCCGGGUGUCACACACGCGGCGGUUCGGGAGGCGGCGGCAGCGGCAGCGGCAGCUGCAGGCGCCGCCGGGACGGGCACGGGCGCGCGGCUCGGGCGGGCGCCGGCUGCCUCCCUCCGUCGCUCGCUCGCUCUCCCUCCUGCUUGCUCGCCGGCUGCGGGGCCGGGCUCUCCCAGCGCUCUCAGGAAGGAAGAAGGGGGGCCAAAGACGCCGACAAGUUCCCGCAGCAGCCGCAGAUCCCGGCCCAGGCGGAGGCUGCGGCUCAGACGGGGCAGGAGAGCGCUCCGCGGCGGAGCGCACGGCCAGAGCGUCCCAGGCGGGGGGCGCCCGGGCCUUUCGCUCUCCGCGGGGCCGCGGUCCGGGAUCCCAUGAGACGCGCCCGUGAGGGGCGAGAGAUCCGAAGCCCGGGCGGCGAGAGGCAGAGGCGGAGGGCGGUGCUGCAGCUGCUGGAAGCCGGGAUCGGCCGGCAGGAGGCGGCGGAGAGAACUUGAACUUGGCGUCGAGAGCGGGCGCCCCGGACGCCCCCCGCCGGGGCCGGGGCGCCGAGAGACCUGGGCCGCAGCGCUGCUCCCCGAAUGGCCGCGGCGGCGGACCGGGCUUCCGCGCCGCGGCCCUAGGCGGCCUCUCGCCAUGGCCAAGUGGCUGAACAAGUACUUCAGCUUGGGCAACAGCAAGACCAAGAGCCCCCCGCAGCCGCCGCGGCCGGACUACCGCGAGCAGCGGCGCCGGGGCGAGCGGCCCUCGCAGCCCCCCCAGGCUGUGCCGCAGGCCCCGGCGGGCGCCUCGGCGUCCUGCGGUCCGGCUACCGCCUCCUGCUUCUCAACCUCGUCGGGAUCGCUGCCCGACGACAGCGGCAGCACCAGCGACCUCAUCCGCGCCUACCGCGCACAGAAGGAGCGCGACUUUGAGGACCCCUACAACGGGCCCGGUUCGUCGUUGCGCAAACUGCGCGCCAUGUGCCGCCUGGACUACUGCGGCGGCGGCGGGGAGCCGGGCGGGGGCCAGCGAGCCUUCUCAGCCUCGUCCGCGUCGGGCGCCGCCGGCUGCUGCUGUGCCUCCUCCGGUGCAGGCGCCGCCGCGUCCUCGUCGUCGUCCUCCGGCUCCCCGCACCUCUACCGCAGCAGCAGCGAGCGGCGGCCAGCCACCCCGGCCGAGGUGCGCUACAUCUCCCCGAAGCACCGCCUCAUCAAGGUGGAGAGCGCCGCGGGCGGUGCGGGAGACCUCCCGGGGGGUGCCUGCUCGGGCGGCCGCACCUGGAGCCCGACGGCCUGCGGUGGCAAGAAACUGCUCAACAAGUGUGCCGCCUCGGCCGCGGAGGAGAGCGGGGCCGGCAAAAAGGACAAGGUGACCAUCGCUGAUGACUAUUCGGAUCCCUUUGAUGCCAAGAAUGAUCUCAGGGGCAAAGCAGGAAAGGGAGAGAGUGCUGGUUACAUGGAGCCCUACGAGGCCCAGAGGAUCAUGACAGAAUUUCAGAGGCAAGAAAGUGUCCGGUCCCAGCACAAAGGCAUCCAAUUAUACGACACCCCUUAUGAACCUGAGGGCCAAAGCGUCGACUCGGACUCCGAGAGCACGGUCAGCCCCCGACUGCGGGAGAGCAAGCUGCCCCAGGAUGACGACAGGCCUGCCGACGAGUACGACCAGCCAUGGGAGUGGAACCGGGUCACCAUCCCAGCUCUGGCAGCCCAGUUUAACGGCAACGAGAAACGGCAAUCCUCUCCCUCGCCUUCCCGGGACCGGCGGCGCCAGCUUCGAGCUCCGGGAGGGGCCUUCAAGCCCAUCAAGCAUGGGAGCCCUGAGUUCUGUGGGAUCUUGGGAGAAAGAGUGGAUCCUGCUGUCCCACUGGAAAAGCAAAUCUGGUAUCACGGAGCCAUCAGCCGAGGAGACGCCGAGAACCUUCUGCGGCUCUGCAAGGAGUGCAGCUACCUUGUCCGGAACAGCCAGACCAGCAAGCACGACUAUUCCCUCUCCCUGAAACCUGGCUGGACACUGGGGCCCCACGGUGACCCCAACACAGAUCUGCCUGCAAGGGAACUUGGCCUCCUGAGUACCCAGGAUGUGUCACCGCUGAAGCAGCAACAUGGGACCAUAUACGGAAUUCUCCAGCCAGUUGCAGAAGUGACCAUACCACGAUACCUGCGGGAUCCAUUUCCCAGUUUCCUGUGAAACGUGCCCUUUGUGAUGCAGAUGGGCCUAAAGUCCACCUGAGAUGGGUCUUCAGGAGAGUAUUUCCAUCACAGCCCCGAGAGUGCAAUUCCUUUUCAUCCCGGGUGUGCCACAUUCCCUGGGUUGGACUGCUCUUGAGGGACCGACAGCACCUUGAUUCUGUUUUCACAGUAACGGGCUUGGAGUCUAGGAGUCGGGGAUGCGUGCAGUGGAGAAAGUAAGGGACAGGCCUCCCCACUCCAUGGCCUUAUGGCCUUGGCAGUCACAGCACCUUUUGGAGACUUUUCUGUGCACAGGGGCUGACGAUGCUCUUCUUCCAGAGGGAAAGCACUUCUAGCCCAACCAGUGCAGUGUAAACCCUGUCUUAUAUCAGUCCCAUCCUGCUUUCCCAGUUUCCCAACCUGGGAAACGGUAAUGGUUUCAUUAAAGGCCAUUUUUAAGGGCAGCAGAGAGGACCUGUUGACCAGAGUUCUGGACAAGAGUCCUGACCUAUUAAUCACUGCUCGCUGUGUGACCUUGGGCAAGUUCCUUCCUUCUGGGACUCAGCAUCCACAUCUGUUCAUGGGGACUUUGAUGACUGCUAAGGAUUCCUCCACCUCUGACAUCAAGGUGUCUCUGACUCCCUGGAUUUCCCGUGUCCUUGGACUCAGCCUCCCCCUGUCUGUGGAGCACUCUGGCCAGAUCCCCUGCACCUCCCAAGCCAGGGAGGAGGUGGAGGAGACUGAGGGCCAGGGCCAGCAGCCUGUGCCAGAACCCCAGAUAAGAACAUCUGCCAUCAGGCCUGAGUUAGGAUGACUGGUCUCUGCCCACGGGUGCUGGAGGUUUAGUUUUGCAUGUUUGUCUAAAGCCAUGAGAUCCCAAAGACCAGAUGAGUGGUCUCACGUGGUCAGAUUUCCCUUGAAGAAGCCCGGAAUUGAGGAGGUGGGCUAGGCCAUCCUAUGGCUGGGCAGGGCAGUCUGUUAGGGGGAGGUGAGCUGGCUUCCCAGAGUGGCCCUAGUUCAUGAUGACCAGGUGCCAGCCAGGGAGUGAUACCUGGCAUUAAUCACCUUGACCACAAAGGGAAUGGCCCUGGUACUGAACGUCACGGCUGCUUGGACCGAGUGCCAACUUUGCCAGCCACCACGAGAGGUGCGAAGUCUCUCAGAUCCCCGAGGCCUACGCGGUGGGGGCAGGGUAGGAUUGGCAUUCUCCACGCACGGUGUUGUCAGGAGCGUGGUGCAAAUUGACAUUGGAAUUCCAGCUAUGUUUUCAUAUGAACCCUGGGUCCUGCUGUGAGGAUGUCCUAGGGUGGAGAAAGGAUUUGGGGGAAUCUGGCCUCAGAGGACGGGUCCUCCACCCCGUCUGUCCUUCUCUCAGCAGAUAUUUAUCGGAGCCUCCCGUACCAGGCACUGGGCAGGGCAGCGUAGGGAGCUGAAAUGAGAACAGCUCAGCUCAGGCCACAGGAGCUCACAGCCUGGCCCGUUCAGCCUGGUCUUCUUACACGCAGGUCUGCACGGGAGGCCUUGGGGACCCGGAGUUGGCACAGG